GAGACUGUGCAUCUGUCAAAGGUUUUUCCUUUAAUUUAUCAGCUGAUUAUUUGUGGGGAUUGAAAUGUUCAAGUCGUUGAUCACGUUUUUAUGCCUCAGAUUGUGAUCCUGUUUUCCUAGUUGCUUAGGAUGAUCAUGAGAAAUGGUCUGUGUGUGUGUGUGUGUGAGUGUGAGUGUGUAUGGUGCAAUGUGAUUCCAUUGUGUAUUUCUGUAAAGAGGUCACGUUAAAGACAAAGGCAUAAAACUAGGUGUGUGAGGGUGGGGUCCAGGUGUUUAUUAGCAUCAAUGUGGGACACAGCUUACAUCAGACGCAGGAUCGACGACUCCAAGGCACAACGGAGAUCUGAGAUCAUGACGAUCUUCUCUCUUCAUCUUCUACUGGUGGCCGUAUCGCUCCCUGUUCCGAUGGGGCUUGCUGACCCAACACCUGCUCCCUUUCCUCCUCUUUUCCCCUUGCCAUCUGAUGGUGGAUUUGACAUAGAUAGUGGUUUCGGAAACAGUUCCGCAUCUGACCUGAGAGAGGAAUAUUGCCAGAGCCUGUCAAAGGAUGCGCCACUGAAUGAUCUGCCAUGGUUCUGUAUGUGCAGCCGCUGUACGAAGGAAAACAAGGGGCCAAAGGGAGACAGUGGAGACCGCGGACUGCGAGGUAGCCCAGGAUCUUUUGGUGGACGUGGAUUAUCUGGACCAAUAGGUCCUCAGGGCUCUGUGGGUAGACCAGGGAUUAAAGGACAGAAAGGAGAAGAUGGUGAGAAGGGACACAGAGGACCUUUUGGACCAGCAGGACCAAACGGAAUCCAAGGUUUUAGAGGUGAUAAUGGGGAUGAAGGAAUGGCAGGUUAUCCAGGACAUCAAGGUCCUAAAGGUGAUGAAGGAGACUGCCCAGAAAUCUGUGAAUCCAGUGUUGGUCCCCCAGGACCUCCAGGGCUACCAGGCCCUGCUGGAUCCAGAGGUUUGGUCGGAAAAACAGGAGACAAGGGACUAAAAGGCACACAGGGUGAAUCUGGUGAGCUGGGUCCAAAUGGUGUUCCAGGGCCAGCCGGUCUAAGAGGAGAUCUGGGACUCCCUGGAGAUUGUAACUGUGUAGAUGGAAAGGAUGGACCUCCGGGGGAGAAGGGGGACAAUGGAGACAAAGGGAGGGAGGGUGACAAUGGGCCCCCAGGGCAAAUAGGAAUACAGGGAAUUACGGGAAUUCCAGGGCCUAUAGGGCCCAUUGGUCUUCCUGGUCCCUGCACGCCGAAUAUGAAGUCAGCAUUUGCUGUAGGGCUAACCAUCAGCUACCCCCCACCCAACACACCUAUAGUCUACAAACAUAUCUACUACAAUAUCCAGGGUAAUUAUAAUUCUGUACUUGGUAUCUACACCGCCCCCAGCGCUGGCACCUAUGUCUUCAGCUACCACGUCAGCACAAACCUUCGCAUCCUUAAAUGCGGUCUCUUUUUGAACUAUGUGCCAGUUGUUAAAACCACAGAUAAAAAGUUACGGGGAACUGCUUCUCAGUCAGUCCUUCUUCACCUGGUGGCGGGCGACAGGGUGUGGAUGCAGGUAAAGGACCUUGAAACUAACGGCAUGUAUGUCAGUGCAGAGAACAACAACAUCUUCUCUGGAUACCUGCUUCACCCAGACACAUGUGAAGUGCCCAUAGUUAGAUCACUAAACGGCACACCAACCCCGAGACCCAGUGGAGGCUCUGAUCACUAUGAAUGGGGGAUUAUUCCUGGCAACGCCACUGUAACGCCCAAUCCCGUCUCCGGUUAGUUUACAGACCAUAGGCUUUGGUUCUCGUAGAAGUCAGAGGUAAAUGAUGGUAGAGCACUUUUACAUGAUUUUAUAAUAAAGACCUCAAACAACUUCCCACAGAUUAAUGCAGAGAAACGAAGCAUCUAAAAUAAACUUAAACCACACUCAACAGAUUAUUUAUUGGGAAAUUAAUUUUGCCCCAAAAAAGCAUCUGAAUUUAAACCAGAUUUAUUUUCCCUGAUGUUCCAUGACAAUUGAUACAGAGUUGUAUCAACGUUGAGUGAAUUAUAAAUUUUAGCUCUGCAUUAGUAGACGCACAGCACCUGCUUAAAGUCUCCUUACUGACUAGAUUAUCUGCUUGACUUAAUUAUAUAUAGAUACUCUUUUAAUAAUAAAAUUAUUUGAUGAACUGUAUGUGAAGUGCUGCCUCCUUAGCUUUAACAGAUGUCACCAGGGUGACUGGACGUCCGGCUGAGUUUGGUCAAAGAAAGUCAGUCGUCAUGCUAAAGUAAAAAGAACGUAAAAGACAUUCUUGCUUCAGCUGCUGGUUCAGUGAACUUUAGUCAUAAGGAGAAAAUCACUGUUGUCUUUUUUUUGUUGGCCGCUUUUGUCGUUAGCAUAAAAUUGCCAUAAAUUGUGGUUUUCACCUCACGUGGAAGUUUGUUUGGAGAUCUGGCUUUAGAAUUACAUCGACACUUUGCUGUGAUUUGCCCAGCUUUUCACACAAGCAACACUUAUCCUCAGCUUAAUUUAGGAGUGAAGGGUUUGAACCCACUGUUACGGAUGUGGACGGGCAGGUUGCAAGAUAAAUAGAAUGUAAAUAAUGGAGGAAACAAGCAGCAGACACGGGCAAAGGAUCAAGUCAGGGGAAACAACAAGAUUGUUUACGUUUCGGUAACUCACCAGAAGUGAGGUGGCAACAUGAAAAUGCCAUUGUCAGGUUUUCAAUCCUUGAAGCCUGCACUUAGGAGGAUGAAGGCUUGAGAGUGGCCUACGACAGCCAUAACUGUGGGAAGAGAGAGAAGACACACAGAGAUUAAGUUGUGAUCAGCGACAACUUAAAAAUUGAUACACACAAGCUAACAUGUGUAGCCUCCGGAACUUUGGUGUUCACCAAAAAUUGAACUGAGCCUUAGAUUACACCAACCAGUUUUACUGUAACACCAAACUGCAGGUUAACAAUAUAGAUGGUUAAAUAAAAUAUUUAACAAGUCCUUGACAUUUUUAAGAAGGUUAUGGUUACGGUUGCUUUGUUAGUCUUUCUGAACAAAAUAGUCCUUUGAAUCACCGUUGAAUCAAUGAAGAGUCAGCUCAUGAUCAUGUCUGAGAGAAGAGGAUUUAACAGGACGUUAGACUGUAAAGACAAUGUUCUCUCUGUUGUCAUGCAUGAGAACCACAGUGAAUGAUCCCAGCCUAGUCCAGUCCAGUUUUUAUCAGUGUCUGAUUUUCAAAAUGAUUAAACCUUCAAGCGCUCUAUCAAUAAAUUAUCUUCAGCUGAAUUAUUUCCUUCCUGUUCAAAUCUGUUUUCUGACCAAGACACUUUUCUUCUCUACAACUCGUCGUUGUCCUAGAUGUUGUUGUUUUCGUUGUGUCCCGUUGUUUGUCGUCAUUACCUUGAAUUCUCUUUGGUGAGAGAAACCCUGUAAAUUAAUCUGCAACUAAAUCUCAUCUUUUUGUCUGUGAGACUUUUUUGUCAUUAUCCCCUGACACUGAAUAUGUAGCAGCGGCAGCGUAAACUGAUACAAGUCCAGUUUUUAGAUCACAGGGCGGAGGUCUCUCUAAACGAACAAUAUAACAAAAAACUCCCCUUCAUCAUUCACGCCCUAAUGAGGUGAGAAUGUUUGUCUCCUGACACAUAAGAUAGAAACUCACCUAAAUUCAGAAGGUGUUGACGUCACCGUAGUCCCAGAAAAACAAAAAUCCAUGAACUCUGAGUUUGGAAAGGAUGAGAAACAAUGUUAGCUUAGCUGAAUAAAAGCUUGUGCCAUGUUAGCAGGGUGUUAGCAGAGUUUCAGGGUCACAAAUGAUCAGAAUCCAAGUCUGUGUCAAAUAAAAACAUGUCAUGUAAAUUCAAUAAUACUGGUACAGUAUUAAUACUACAACCAUGUCAAAGAUGUUACAAAUACAUGUAACACCAGCCUAUAAGUGAGAGGGAAGAGAGUUUUCUUCUUUUACUGUAUUACUGACAAGUUCAACAAUCCUGCACGUCAGAAUGGCCCGAGCCAAAUAAAGGUGUAACACAUGAAUAUGCAAGUCGUAAUUAGAACAUUAAAUAUUACACUCAUGUCACAAUGUAACUGUACAAAAUUUCAUUUUGGUAUCCACGUGUUAUCAUAGCUACUUCAGCUAGGUGUUAGCAGAGAGCCUAGACUGAACUCAACACACACAGGACUGUGUGCAGUUACUUUUCUGAGUCUUCUCUUUAGGAUUAUUUUAUUUUCAUCGUUAUUACUGAAAAUAAAAUAAAGAAAUGGUUGUUGAUUAUUUGUUCUCAAUAAAAUGUUAAAAGUAGCAUUUACUCUAGGUUUUAGUCUGUGAAGUGUGUAACUGCCCUCCCUCGCCGGCAGAGGGUGCUAUGAUUGAUCAGGAUUACUAUCCAUCCAUCCAUCCAUUUUCAUCCGCUUAUCCGUUACCGGGUCGCGGAGGUGGCAGUCGCCACCCAAAUCACAUUGCACCGCACCAACCCCCCCAAGCCUUCCG